AUUACCGAGGAUGGCGAAGUGCUCUCCGAAAGUGAAUACCGUCUGACACAGGUCAAGCGUGAACAGAAGCACGCCCUGAUUGACCUGUUUGCUCAGGCCGUCGUUGAAAAGGCCCUGGAGGUGGAACGGACGCGACAGUGUGCCCUGCGCCAGAGUUUAGAGGAGAUUUGCAAGGCUCAGCGUGUCCGUAGGAUAAGGCGUGGAAGCGAUCCCUGUUUAGACAAACGGAUAACCAGAAGACCGAGUUAUGACCACAGGAAGGGAACUGUACGACAGGUACUGGUGUCAGCAUCAUCAUCAUUUGGUGCCGAGUUAAAGUAG